GUCGAGGCAGGGUCACAUCAAGCGUUCCAGACGAGGAACGACCCCGGCGAUUCCCUCAUCCGUUCGAUUGCUUGGCGAACGCGAUCCACUUUCGAAGCCAUGCUGCCGGAGCAGUCCCAAGGUGCAUCACGCCCGGGCACCCUUGGAUCCAAGUGACCGUCGGGAUGUCAGCCCCUAUAACGUUAAUCACCACCCAUGCAUUGCUUAACCGCGCGGAUAGACCGACCUGUUUUGGACUCUGUUGACUCCUCCAAAGGGGCGGACUACCGUCGUUCUCAAGACGUACCGGCGUCUUAAGAAUGGCUGUCCUCCCACGUUCUCGUCAAAGGCCACAGCAAAGACACAUCCGCUAGUUCCCCAUCCGGUUCAAAAUUUGUAAAGACGUCCAUCAUCAGCAGAUAUGCAGCCUUCAGACAUCUUCGCCGCACUCGCAGGGACAUACACCCUCCUCAACACAUCAGCUACUCGCGAUGGAGUGCCCGUAGAAGACCGAACCUACGGCUCCAACCCCGUCGGCAUCCUCACAUACAGCAAGACCGGGUUCAUGUCAGCCACACUCACGUCUACGGACCCCGAACACCGGCCAGCGAACCUCACAUUCCCUUUCGAAGACGGCCAGUCGGAUGCGGACUGGGCCCUGGUUGGGAAACACAGCAUCGGAUACGCAGGGCCAUUCCAGAUCAGUACCGACAUCCCCGCGUCUGCAACCAACGGCCAGGUUCUCCAUGGCCCUCUGACGGUAGCCAACGUCCCCGCUAUGGUUGGGGCGGUUCAUAGGCGGAACUACACGACUUUUGAAGAUGGGAAACUGCUGCGCAUUACAUCGCAGAGAGAUGGGUCGAACCGCGGAGAGCUAUGGUGGGCCAGGCUGGAUUAGUUUGAGAGUUCUUAGGUGUUGUUGAAUAACCAAUGUUUACCCGUAAUUCGUUCGGAG